AUGAAGCUCUUCCUGCUGCCCCUUCUCCUCUCUCAGGCGUGGGCCCUUUCCCGAGCCAAACGCUCGUCUUCCUUCCUAUGGUUCGGAAGCAAUGAGUCUGGAGCGGAAUUCGGCCAGACCAACAUCCCCGGCGUCCUCGGUACCGACUACAUCUGGCCUGAUACAGCGGGCAUCACGACUCUAUACAAUGCGGGAAUGAACAUUUUCCGCGUGCCGUUCCUGAUGGAGCGGCUGGUGCCAACCAAUUUGACGGGGGCGGCCGAUGCAACCUACAUGGCGGAUCUGAAAGCGACGGUGGAAACAAUCACCGAUCUAGGCGCCUAUGCGGUGGUAGACCCUCAUAACUUCGGAAGAUACUAUGGCAACAUUAUCACCUCUACGUCCGACUUUGCUGCAUUCUGGACAACCGUCGCCAGUGAAUUUACCACCAAUGACCGUGUUAUCUUCGAUACCAACAACGAGUACCACGACAUGACCCAGAGCCUCGUCCUCUCCCUGAACCAAGCAGCCAUCACCGCCAUCCGCGCCACCGGCGCCACAACCCAAUACAUCUUCGCGGAAGGCAACAGCUACAGCGGCGCCUGGACCUGGAGCACGACCAACACCGAUCUCGCCAACUUGACCGACCCAUCCAACAAGCUCAUCUAUGAGAUGCACCAGUACCUCGACUCGGACGGAUCCGGGACCAGUUCCACCUGCGUGAGCUCGACCAUCGGGGCAGAGCGCAUCUCUACCGCGACGACCUGGCUCCGCGAGAACGGGAAAUUGGCCGUGCUGGGCGAGUUUGCCGGCGGCGCGAACGACGUGUGUCAGGAGGCUGUGACGGGGAUGCUGGAUGCGAUGGAAGACAGUAGCGACGUCUGGCUCGGGGGCAUGUGGUGGAGCGCAGGGCCGUGGUGGGGGGAUUAUAUCUUUUCGUUGGAGCCGACUGAUGGUACUGCCUAUGAUUAUUAUCUCGAGUUGUUGGAGGAGUAUACGCCCGGUUCCUCGGGGGCAAGUACGAGCGCAGUGAGUGCUACGGGGACUGCUUCUGCCAGCAAGACUACGAGUACUACCAUCUCCACGGUCGGGGUAAGUACGACCGCAACGGCUACAGCCACGUCGACGGCUGUUGCCGCGCCCUAUGCGCAGUGUGGUGGCGAGGGAUGGACCGGGGUAACUACCUGCGUAUCGGGGUAUACCUGCACCGAGAUGAAUGAGUGGUAUUGGCAGUGUACGUAG